AUGCCUGAAGCCUUGACGACUUCACGUCUUUGGCAACUUCCGGGACCGCGCGGCGGCCAGCCCACAGGUGGCAGGUCCAAAGCGCUCACAGGUUUUUGCGGUUCCGGGACGCGCUGGGCCUUGCCUUUGUCUCCAGUGCGUCGCCAUCAGGAGCCUCCGAACUCGCGCUCAUUUCAGGAGCUGCCACGCCUGGCGGAGCACCUCCGAGUCUGCGUGCGCAUCCGGCCCCUGUCCUCCGAUGAGGCCAACGACGGUGACCUGCCAAGCAUUGUCCCUGGGCCCCAGGGCAGCGGACUGCUGAAGCUCUUGCUUCUGGAGCUUCAAGCUUCCAGGAACUCCACCGAUGAGCUGCGGAGCCAUUCGAGCUUAGUAAGGAGCUGGCCUCGCACCUGGGAAUUUGAUUGGGUGAUCUCAGGCCGUGGCUCCCAGGCCUCGGUCUACAACCUCUUCGGGCAACAUUUGGUGCAACACGCGGUGGACGGCUUUCAUGGCACCGUGAUCGCAUGUGGGCCCUGUGGGAGUGGCAAGAGCCACACCAUCUUCGGCGGACGUCAGCAGGAGCAACAAGGCUUAGUCCCCCGCUUGGCUGAGGGCCUCUUCCGCCUGCUGCGCUCCAAAGGGGAGAAGCACAUCGUGAAGUUCUCCUACCUGGAGCUUUACAAUGAGCGCUUGAGUGACCUCUUGCGGCCACAGCAGCGGAACCCACCCUUCCUACGCGCGCCACCUUUGGAGGGCCCCAAUUUUCCUCGGGCCUGGGGCCGGUCUCGUCCCGCCAUGAACGCCUUCGUCUCUGUUGGCGCUGUGUCGGCCAAGUCCACCUCUGCCGUCGCGCCCGUCGCGCGCUCCGCGGGGGCUGCGGCGAGCGGGGCGCGCUUGACGCAGCGCGGUGGACGGUCGGCGCCGGCGCUGAGCGCCAUGGCGAUGGGCGCCGGGCUGGUGGCGUUGCGGCGCCUGGGCGGUCGUGCCCGUGUGCGGGGCAUUGGGCAGUUGAGGCCCUUGGGGCGCCCUCUGCAGCGCAGGGCUGCUGCGGUGAUGGCGCCACCGGAAGAGAUCUUGGGCAUCAAGCCAGAUGGAAAGUACAACGUGCCUGCCGGGGUGAGAGAAAAGCUGGGGAAGAAUCUCUUGUUGAACUCCAAGCAUCCCCUGGGGAUCCUCUGGAAGACGGAGUAUUUCGCCGAGCAGGAUUCCAACUGCAAGUUCUUCGACACUGAGAAGCCGGUCGUCUCCACCGUGGACUGCUUCGACAAGCUGCGGGUGCCGCCGGAUCACGUCUCGCGGUCGCCGAGCGACACCUACUACGUGAACGCUGAUUAUGUGCUGAGGACACACACAUCAGCACAUCAGUGCCAGUUUCUCAGCCAAUAUCCAGAGAUCACUUCCUUCCUUUGCGCGGGCGAUGUCUACAGAAGACGUGAUGAGAUCGAUGCGUCGCACUAUCCCGCCUUCCAUCAGUGCGAGGGCGUCCGCCUCUUCGACGCGCAGAAGGUGUCCAAAGAGGAGGUCAUGGAAGACUUGAAGAAGACCUUGGAGGGCUUGGCAGCACACCUCUUCCAGCUGAAGACUGGCGAGGACACCAUGCGCUGGCUCGACGAGUAUUUCCCCUUUACCGAGCCCUCCCUCGAGCUGGAGAUCUUCUACAACGAAGACUGGAUGGAGGUCUUGGGCUGCGGUGUGAUCCAUCACGAUGUGCUCCGGAACGCUGGCUUGGAUCCGGAGAAGGUGCAUGGAUGGGCCUUUGGGCUUGGACUGGAACGCUUAGCCAUGGUCCUGUUCGGCAUCCCCGACAUCCGCCUCUUCUGGUCGGACGACGCCCGCUUCGCCCAGCAGUUCAGCGAGGGGAGCUUCUCGGAGAAGACCAAGUUCAAGCCUUUCUCCAAGUACCCGCCGGUGCUCAAGGACAUCAGUAUGUGGAUCCCCGAGGAUUUUGUGGACAACGACCUUUUCGAAAUGAUCCGUGACGAAGGGGGGGACCAGGUGGAGAAAGUGGACUUGCUCGACGAGUUCACGCACCCCAAAACAGGACGCAGCUCGAAGAUGUUCCGGGUCACCUGGCGAGACAUGUCGCGGACCUUGACCAACGAGGAGGUGAACGCCAAGCACGAGAAGGUCUUGGAGCACCUCACCUGGAACGUGGUCACCUCGGUGGCCGAUGUGCUGCGGCUCCUGGACUUCGGCCACAAGAUGCGGGCGGUGGGCUGCACCAACAUCAAUGCGGCUUCCUCCCGUUCCCAUGGAGUGGCCACCUUUCAAAUCGAGCAGCUGGUCGGACAACAGGACGCCAAACGCAGGUGGGCCCAGUUGCAGACCGUGGAUUUGGCUGGUGCCGCGCGCAUGGAUCAGAUCGGCGACUCUCAGGUGAGACAGCGUGAAUCGCGUCUGAUCAACACCAGUUUGCUCUCCUUGGGCCUGGUGAUCAAGCGCUUGUCGGCGCAGGACGGCCUCUCUCCAGGCCGAGGUCACAUCGGCUGCAGGGAUAACAAGCUCACGUACCUCCUAUCGGACUCUUUGCUUGGCAACUGCAGGACCGUGAUGUGCGCCUGCGUCUCGCCGGCGUCCUCGGCGGGUGACACCGUGACCUUUGCCUCCGGCGCUGCCUACGGCGCGCUGCUCGUCGGCCGCUACGGCUACGGCGCCGUGACCGGCGCGGACCGCAGCGACCGGGCGGGGUCCGCCUGCAGCGAAGAGGAGGGUGCGCGGGAUCAUCCGUGGGCGCCCUAUGUUGCGGAGUUUGUUGGGACCUUCAUCCUAGUCUUCACCUUCGGCUGUGUGGCGCUUUCCACCGUGCACGUGCCAUGGAAGCCCACCGCAUGGGCGUGCACCGUGACGGUGAUGAUCUAUAGCACUGCCCCAGUUUCAGGGGGCUUCUUGAACCCGGCUGUGUCGAUGGCUCUGAGCUUGUUGGGCGUCAUUCCGGGUCAUCGUUGCCUGGGCUUUUGCCUCACGCAAUUCAUCGCGGCCCUUUGCGCUUCAGCCUUGCUGAAGGGCUUGUGCGGCGUGGGGGGCUCGGCCUUCCGCAGCGCCAUGGAGGUGGAUGAUCCACCUUUACCUGGGAGCUUGCUGAUGUUCUUGGAGUUGUUAUACACUGCGGUGCUUUGUUUUGCUGCAAGCUGCUGCCUCGUUCUCAAGCGCAACAACCCCAAGGAGAAGAGUCAAUCCUUUGGUUUGGCCAUCGGUCUACUCUAUGUCGCAGGGGGCCAUGCCCUACACCUGGAACGGGGCGCAACAAUGAACCCGGCAAUCACCCUGGCAGUGGCCACGGUCGCACCUGGCGGCUGGCACUGGGCUCUGCCCUGGGCCUUAGCAGAGUUCCUCGGCGCCCUCCUGGGGACCUACCUCUUUGCGGUGCUGCGCGCCAACGCGGAGGACUUUUGUCAGGAGGAGUUCCUGGAGCUUUGCGCACCCCGUCGGUCAGCACGGCUCCUGGGCGAGCUGAUUGGCACCUUCACCUAUGUGCUCACCUUUGGCUUGAACGCUGUCAGCUUGUCUGAGGCAACGGCGUGGUCCUGUGCCGGCGCGUUGAUCAGCAUGAUCUACGCAGUGGGAAAGAUCUCUGGGGGGCACUUUAACCCUGCUGUGACACUCGCAGUGGUGCUGAGUGGACGAUCCGUGUGUUCGGUGGCCGAUGGGCUGGCCUAUGCAGCCGUGCAGGUCUGCGGUGGCUUGGCCGCGGGGCUUCUGGUAGCGGUUUAUCACAUGAACGGGCCCUACUUCUUUCUAUCUUUCACGCCUCUACCUGCGAAAGCAUGGAGGGACUACAGCGUGGUGCAAGUCGGCCUCGCGGAGGGAGUCUUCACUUUUGUGCUGGCCUAUGUUGCACUCGCUUGCUCCACGGUCGCGAUGCCGAAGGCUCACAAGCGACAGAACCUCUUCUUCGGCCUCGCGGAGGGCUUCUGUGUGAUGACGGGCGGCUGCGCGGUGGGCACCUUCAGCGGGGGCAUGUUGAACCCGGCCGUGGCCGUGGGCGUUUGGAUGCUGAACGUGGCGGAGAUUCAUUCCAUUCAGGAAGCUGGCAAUGGCUUGUGUACGCUCUUGAAGUUCAGUACGUUCCAGUGCACUGGAGGCUUGUUGGCAGCGGUGGUCUUCCGCAUUACCCAUCCGAGUGAAUACUGCAAGGCCGACACCGAGUCAGCGCUGCGCUUUGCCGCCAACUGCCGCAAGGUUUUUACGCAUCCGAUGAGAAAUGAGGAACCAAAGAAUGAAACAGCAUUUGCAUUGCAGCGUGAAUUGGAACAGCUGGCCAGAGAGCUGGCGAAUGUGCAAAACAAGGAAGUGAGGCGCGAGCUGUCUGAGCGGCUUACCACGGCGCAGCUGCUGAGCGAGCAACACGGGAGCUGGGAAGAGCAGGAAGCACGUUCCAAGGAGUUGGAAAUGGAGCGACGGCAGUUGCUCAACAGCCUAAACCUCUUGGGGACAGGAGGACUCGCCAAGGCGGCCAGCACGCAAAGUCUCACGCAACGCAACACCGCGCGAGGCACACAGACCUCCAAGAAGUUCCCUGCAGGAGGCCUUGAACGACGGGAGAGCCUCCGAAGCGAUGAGGAACCUUGCCUGGUGAACAUUUGUGAUGACCCUUUGUUGUCAGGCUGUUUGCGCUACUCUCUUCCAGCCAAUCACCUGGUGCACAUUGGCAGCAGUUCGUCCUGCCAGAUCCACGUGGACGGGCUCGGCAUCCAGCCGGAGAUGUGCUCAGUGGUGUGGCGCCCGGGGCAUGAUGUGGAAAUUCAGGUGGAAGCUGGCGGACAACCGACCAGGCCGACGGCCCUCCACAAGAUCGGUCCACCCAAGGUGCUGAUCAAUGGCCAACAAGUUUCAGACUACGCUUCGCUCCGGACGGGCGAUGUCCUUCAAGUGGGACAUGGACACAUGUUCCAGUUGCUGUCGCAGCCCUCUCGACAAGCCUGCACGCGUGCGAAGCCUCGUGAAGGACAGUUGGUGGAUGCUGGAGUCAUCGAAGAUUUGGAGGCGGAGUUUGGGGUGGAGAGUGCGGCCGGAGUGGUGGGUGUGCUACAGGAGCUUCAGCCCUUGCUGGAAGAAGCUGGCGACCUCACACAGGAGCUGCGGGGAGAACGUUUGGUCUUUCAAGCCGAAGUCUUGCACCAAAACCUGGGUUCGCCCACUGACAGGCCUUCUGUGCCCGAGAUCGUGGUGGCCUUGCGCGCCCAAGGUGGACCGGCUGCGCCUCUUCUCACGGUGUGGUCCAUUGAGAAGUUCAAGGAAAAGCUCGAGGCACAGCUGCUCAGUAUGUUUGUGUGUGCCGUGAGGAUCCCUGAGGCAUCACCGCACCAAGAUGGAGUGCACCCCUCAGUCCUUCCUACCCAUACCGCCGAAGCGCCUCACCUAACCGCGGCGCCCAUGGAGUACACGCCGCGGGGCCGGGUGCCCGUGUCGGAGCCCAUCUCCCCGGUGGCCCAGCGCGUGGCCCUGAGCGGCCCUGCGUCGGAGCCGGGAGGUGCGGGCGUGGCGAGCUCACGGGAAGGAUGGCCCUGGCAGUUCCAGCUGAACCCGCGCAGAAGCGAGGAGCGUCCGCUGACCGCCACGCGGAAGGCGAGUCCGGUGGCGACCCAGCUGCGGGCGCUGAGCGGCGGCCGCGGACAGGUGGUGAACGCCACGGCUCGUGCAUCCUACGAGACCGCGGUGAUUGCCGCGGUGCGUCGGCAGUGCGACAUCUUCGAGGAGAAGUGGGAGAAGAAAUUGAGACAGGACCGGAAGGACUCGACGACGGGGCCCAGCCUGGAUCGGCUUUUCGAUCGCGUGAACGCUUUAGAAGCCCAACAGCCACGGGUGGAGAAGCGGCUCGCAGAGCUGGACGGCAAGGUGAAGGGACUCUCCGACGAGCUCCAAGCACAGAUCCGACAGGUCCACCUGUUGGAUGAUCGACGCUGGGAAUGGAAGCAAAAGCUUGAAGAGGAGCUGGCAAACAAGUGCCAAGCUUUGCAGCAGCAGAUGCAAGCUCUUCUCUCCAGCAGUCGAACACUGUCUUUGGAGGAGGAGUCCAAGCAGCAGCGUAGCUGGAACACUGCGCUGGAAGAUGGUCUCAAGGCAGCGGCGCGCGAACGCCUGGCCAUGCAAGAGGAGGUGCACGAGGGCUUUGUGAAUGUGUGCGAGCGUCUCGCAGCCCUGGAAGUGCAGCAGAUCCAGGAGGCCUCGCUGGAGAAGGUCACAAUGGGAGCUGCGCCAAGUGAUGUCAUUGUGGCGGAAGUGACGUCGAAGCGAUUGGAGGAUCUUGAAAAGAGAUUCGAGGAAGCGCUUCAGGACAACUUCGACAUCCAUCAGCGGCAUGCGGCCCAAGAGGAGCAGAUCCGCACGCUCCGGACCCGCUUUGAAACGCGCGAGGAGCAGCUGCGUGACCUGGGCGAGCGCGUAGAGCGCAGUGAUUGGGACGUGAAGCUCACGCAGAUCCGCCAGGCGCUCCAGGAAGAUUCCCAGCAGCGGACCUUGCAAAACGAACAGCUGGAGCUGCUCACCAAAAGGUUGGAAUACCAAGAGCAGCUGGUGGAAGAUGCACGCUUCGCGGUGCGGGAGAUGCCAGCUGAGAUGAUCGAGCCAGUGGCGGUUGAGGAGUUUGACGUGGCAGCUUCCAUCGCACUGCUUGAGGACCAGGUGAAAGGACUAGCCACUGAGAUCAAAGGUUUGCAGGAGCUCCGUGAAGAUCAGCUGGGCCUCAAACCCUUGGUGAUGCAACUGAAGGAGAUUUCUCCCAAGAUCAUCGAGCAUGAGAGGUGUAUCAGGCGCCUCGAGGACUCUCAGCAGAAAGCUCAGGUGGAAGACGCGGUCGCCCAGAGAGGGGUGAACGAGUUGAAAGAGAGAAUGGAUGAGCUCAUCGAGACUCACGUGAAGGUGAACGCGGAGCAGCUCCCACAGCUGCGACAGGAUAUGGCCAACGACAUCAGAGACCAUCGGCAGCGGAUGGAAGAGAGCCUCAAGGAGCUGAGCGCUGAGGUGCAACGUGGCACUUCAUCUCUCUUGGAAGACUUCAAAGAAGAGAAGAGCAAGGAGCUUCGGCAGGAAUUGCUCGGCCUUCAGGACUUCCGGCGCUCUAUGGAAGCGACCAUGAAAGACGAGGCCCGGGAAGUGGAACAAGAAGCUCAGCUGAAGAAACUGAAGGUUUUGGAGGCCCAGCUCACCGAGACCAAGGCUCAACUGAGUAGCGAGGAGGCCCGGCUGGGCA